UUAUUAUUGAUCAUGAACAGGCUGCUAACAUUGAACCUGAGGCCUCUGCCUUGCAUGACAGUGAAUACCAAUUAACAAAGAAUGGAUUUUCAAGUCUAGGACGUGGGAAAUAUAGUGAAUGCAGUACUACUGAAUCAUCUGAUGAUAUUGAGAAACAGGAGAUGGAGGAAGUGUCAGAGGAAGAUGAAAUCUCAUAUUAUGACACUAAAGAGUAUUUUACAGAACUUGGUUCUAGGUGUGGGUCAACAGGAGCUUUGGAUCCAAUGAAUAUGUCUGGAGAAGCUAACACACAAUGCAUUAAUUUGGAGAACAGUCUUGUUGAGAAGACAAUCAAUGAUUUUGGCUACCCUCAGAUAGAAAGGCGAAAGAAGCUUCCAGAUCCUGUUGAGAAAGAGAAGGGCGUUAGUCUUUGGUCAAUUAUCAAAGACAAUGUGGGCAAAGAUCUCACCCGAGUGUGUCUACCUGUAUACUUUAAUGAGCCAAUAUCAUCUCUUCAGAAAUGUUUUGAGGACUUGGAGUACUCUUUUCUACUGGAUCGAGCUUAUGAGUAUGGAAAAUCAGGAAACAGUCUCCUUCGGGCACUGCAUGUUGCGGCUUUUGCAGUUUCUGGAUAUGCAUCAUCUGAAGGUCGUCAUUGUAAACCCUUUAAUCCACUGUUAGGGGAAACAUACGAAGCUGAUUAUCCAGACAAAGGAGUCCGAUUUUUUUCUGAGAAGGUGAGUCACCAUCCAACCGUCGUUGCCUGCCACUGUGAAGGUAGAGGAUGGAAGUUUUGGGCCGACAGUAACAUUCGGUCAAAGUUUUGGGGAAGGUCAAUUCAGCUUGACCCAGUUGGGGUUCUUACCCUAGAGUUUGAUGAUGGGGAAAUAUUUCAGUGGAGUAAGGUCACGACUACAAUUUAUAAUCUUAUCCUUGGCAAAAUAUAUUGUGACCAUCAUGGGAACAUGGAAAUCCGUGGUAAUCGCCAAUAUUCGUGCAGAGUCAAGUUCAAAGAACAGGCGCUUCUUGAUCGAAAUCCUCACCAGGUGCAUGGCUUUGUUGAAGAUGUAACGGGAAAAAAGGUUGCCACAUUAUUUGGCAAGUGGGAUGACAGCAUGUAUUAUGUUAAUGGUGAAGUGCAUGUGAAGCCAAAAGAUUUCACUUUGUCAGACACAAACUUGUUAUGGAAAAGGGCUAAGCCACCAUCUAAUCUCACCCGUUACAAUUUGACAUCAUUUGCCAUCACUUUGAAUGAGCUUACUCCGGGCCUAAAGGAGAAGCUUCCGCCCACGGAUUCCAGGCUGAGACCGGAUCAGCGGCAUCUAGAGAAUGGGGAAUACGAGAAGGCUAAUAUGGAAAAACAAAGGUUGGAAAAGAGGCAAAGAAUGUCAAGGAAAAUGCAAGAAAAUGGAUGGCAGCCUCGGUGGUUCCACAGAGAAGGUGAAAAUGGAACGUUUCGAUACAUUGGCGGGUAUUGGGAAACGAGAGCUCAAGGAAGAUGGAAUGGAUGCCCAAAUAUCUUCGGUGAAAUUAAUGAAGGCAAUUUUGAUCCUUUAGCUGCAUCAUAAUUUUAGUUCAGAUAAUGAUAAUGAAUGCAAAUUAGUGUGUGGAGGGUUUAUCUUGAACCUUCUUUCAUGGUGGAAACUUGUUUUACUGAAUCAAAGGGAGAGUAGCCUUUUGGAACCUCCGGAAACGAGGCUAUUUGGAGUUCUACUUGGGAAGGUUUGUGGAUUGCCCUUUUAACAACAAAAGCAAGGGAAGGGACAGAUAACAUUUAUCUUGAAGCGAUUCUAUCUGAAAGUUGCUUUCUGAAUUUAAAUGAUUUCAUUCGCCUGCGGCUGGUGAAAGUUGUAAUUAACCUAAUGGACCAAGCAUUACACGUACACAGCUCUUUCGUAGGAGGCUGUGGUCCACUGAGAACAUCAAACUGAGGCUGUUACUUCUUCUAGAUGAGAAUAUAUUUGAGCAAAGAUUUCAGCUUAGAAACAGUUCUUAGAUUAGGUUGCUUAGAUUGUCAGUUUUCUUUUCCUCUUGAAUUUUGUUAGUUUGUAAUUAUUUGGGGGUAUUAUUAGCUUAUGUAAGAUUCUCUCCCUUGAUCCUGAUAUAGCUACUGACUUGGCCAAAAGGCUAUCAAUUUAUUUCACAUUUGUUUUCAUUUUCUAAUUAAUAAAUUGAAGAGAUGUGUUAUCUGA